AUGCAGUACAUUGCCCACACCGCGCACUGCCAGUUCUUGGGGCUGGUGUUGGGCUUCCUGUCCUGGAUCCUGACUCUGACCACGGUCGGACUCAACGAGUGGCGUGUGUGGUUCGUUAGUGACACGGCGGUCGUGGACUCGGGCGUGGCGUGGGUGGGCAUCUGGCGCGCCUGCUUCUACAGCCACGUUCUCUCCGACAGCGAGUUCUGUCAGUAUCUGGACAUCAGUGAAGCUUUUCUCCCAGCAGAGAUCAGAGCGGCGCAGGUGUUGAUGAUGCUGGCGGUGAUGGCGGGAUUAGCCGGGAACGUGACGGCCGCCUUCGCCAUGAGGAUGGCUUACUUCUCCGUGGAGAACCGCAGCAGGAUCCGGCUGCUCUUCCUUCUCGCUGGGACCACGUACGUGUUCAGCAGCUGCUGUUCUCUGCUGCCGCUCGUCUUGAACCUGAACUCAGUCCUGAACAAUCGCACCAUAGACUUUCCUCCACAGUUCCACUUUCCCGCCGCUCCGGUGCGACAGAGAGUCGGCAGCGCCAUCGGCGUAGGGCUGUUUGCCUCCUCGGUGAUGCUUCUGAGUGGUCUGGUUUUCUUGUCCUAUCGUUACGCCUGGAGAGAGCUGAAAACGGAGGUCCCCAAAGACCACGUAUCGAGUUCUACUGGAAACAAGGGUCGAGAUAAUCCAUCCUUUCAUUUUGAAGAAGUGUCAUGA